AUGGCUUCUGACAAAGGGUCUUCCGCUGGAGAUGCCACCUUGAGGAGAAGAAUUGAACCCCGGGAGUUCGAAGUCUUCUUUGACCCCAGAGAACUCCGCAAAGAGGCCUGUCUGCUCUAUGAAAUUAAGUGGGGCACAAGCCGUAGGGUCUGGCGAAACUCGGGCAGAAACACCACCAACCACGUUGAGCUCAAUUUUAUAGAAAAAUUUACUUCAGAGAGGCAUUUUUGCCCCUCCGUCAGCUGUUCCAUCACCUGGUUCCUGUCCUGGAGUCCCUGUUGGGAAUGCUCCAAGGCUAUCAGAGGAUUUUUGAGCCAACACCCUAGCGUGACUCUGGUUAUUUAUGUAUCUCGGCUCUUCUGGCACCUGGAUCAACAAAACCGGCAAGGACUCAGGGACCUCGUCAACAGUGGUGUGACCGUCCAGAUUAUGAGAGUCCCAGGUAAAAACAACAAACAGAGGACCUUAAGUGUUGAUGCGAGACUGUGCUGGUAGCACUUGCUCAAUAAACUUCCAACUAAUGUUUCAAAAUGUUUGUGGUUACAAUAGUAUCAAGAAAAACAUUAUUCUUUUUUUUCCUUCCAGAGUCUCCCUCCCUGCUUAAAGAUUUUAAGAAGAUGUCAGAAUCAGCUUACAUUGUUCAGACUUACUCUUCAAAAUUGCCAUUACCAAAUGAUUCCCCCCCACGUCCUUUUAGCUACAGGAUUGAUACAACUUCCUGUGACUUGGAGAUGA